AAUUUUGCAAUCAACAUUUCUGACUGCACGCCAUCUACUGAUAGGAAAAACAAUUAAGUGCCAAGAAAUUGAAGUCAUAGACUAGUGAAAGUGUCAACUGUAAAGUCAUUCGAGUAUCGAGUGUCACCCGAUCAAGGUUUUUUGAAAAUCUAAGAAUUACUAUGUCGGAGGCGGAUGAUGAUUGCGAUUUUGAUGAGAAUGCAGAUCCAAACACGAGUCAUGUUUCACAAAGGCGACAAAGCAAUACUAGCACCAAUUCUAAUCCUGUAAAGAAAUUAGCUAUACCUGAUGAAUUCUUCACAUGGGUAGGAGACGUGCCUGGCAAAAAUGCCAGUGUAUAUCGGUGUCUACAUCCAGGCUGCGUCCCAAAAAAGAAAAAGGAUGGUUCUGAUAAAUCACUUGUGGUGUAUCAUAAUUCUCGACACAAUGCAAAAAGGCAUUUCUUGAAUCAUGAUCCUGGUAACCAGCUUGGAAAUGCAAAGCUUUGGGAAGGUGCUGUAAAACUACUAGAUAAUUCGACAACUCUCAACAACACAGCCACUUCAGUAAAUGGACGUGUCAAUGUCAUGAUUUCACAAGAAGACCUUGAUAGUUGGGUCUUGAAUUUCCUCAUUGUUGACGUAUUACCUAUAUAUACCGUCGAGAAGCCGGGUUUCCAGCAACUAGUUCAUAAUCUAGCCCCGAAUCUAGUUUUACACGGACGAAGUUUUUUUACAAAGAGACUGGAGACUUUAUACAAUGAAAGAACACCCAAAAGACUUCAUUUAACUGACAAGCACUUCGAAAUGUUAUUAUUCCUAAAGGUCAAUAACAACAUGUCAAAUAAGUGGUAAACUCAGACGAGUGAAAAAUUCAUUCACGUUUAUUUUCUUGUUUCAUUUUAUGUUUAAAUAAGAAAAGAAAAUAAAACA